CAUUUAUUAAACAAUACAAUUAGAUAUUUAACUAAUACCAAUACAUGAAUAUCAACACCAAUCAAGAUUGUUAAACCCCUAUCGAACUCCCGAUUGGACCCGGUCCGACCCGGGUCGAGUUUCGAAACGGACUCCAAAAAGCCCCCGGUCUGACCCCUAAAGAGGGAGAAGAAGACAGGGGGAAGAGAGGGAGAGAAACGAAGGAAGGAAGAUGGUGAGUGGGUAAUGGAGGUUAGGUAGAUUUAUUUUGUGAAAACAAGUUUUUAAUAGAUAUAUGUAAGAUAAAUUUUAUUUCAGUCUUUAAAUCUUUAAUUACUAUCUUAUUUGUAUAUAUAUUCAAAAAACGUCUAAAACAGCUAAAAUUGGUCGGAUCCCGAUCAGACCAUUAAACCUCAAACCCCUUGCUUGACCGACUCAAUGACUUAAACUAGUUUGACAACCUUGAUACCAAUAUAAUAACAUCAAUACUAAAACAACAAUAUCGUUACAUGGUUAUCAAUACCAAUGCGAAAAAAUAAUACAUCUAAUGGAAAAACCAAUACCAAUACGAAAAAAUACGUACAUACCAUUACGUAAAAUCCAUAUAUGGAAUCCGAUGAAAAUCAUCGGCGACAGUUAGUCGCCGAAGACAGAGAGGGGGGAGGGAAGUGGAGUGGAGUGGAGUGGAGAGGAAGGGUGGCCGCUAGCGGCAGGAAAGGAACCACCACCAGUGGCGGUACAAGGAGAGAGAGGCGUGCGGAAGAGAGAGAUGGAGAUUCGGGGGCCGGCGGGUGUGGAGACGGGGAAGAAAUCGCCGACUGAUAGAGCUGUUGACUGCGAUGCAGAAUGAGGUUGCAGUAAGAGUUUGAGUAUGAUAAAUAGAAAUUCACUUCUUAAAGGAUAAAAAUUAGAUGUGGUAUAUUUUCUUUUCCAAAAUUAUUCUUAAUCUAAUAUUCACUUUUAAGUUAAAAAUAUGAUGAAAUGGAGAUAAUGAAGGGUUAUUUUUUUGUAGCCACCGUGAUUACUCAAAAUCGAGUAACCAAGCUAACACAUUGCCGCUGUUUGGGGUGAUAAUUGGUUGGUGGUUAUCCAGUUAAACCAACCACUAUCCAAAAUUGGCUGUUAUUCACUAAAACCAACAACCAAAAAAUGUUGUCGGUGUCGGUUAGGGAUUUUAGUCGAAUUUGAUAACCUGAUACCAUCGGUGGUUGGCAGAAAAUAACUCAGUCCACCAUAAAUAACCGCCUGAGGAGAACCUCAUCGCCACUGCCCCUUUGACCUUGCCCGCCACCACCACUAGAUCUUUGCUCUGCCCCCGCCCCCAUCAAGAUGCUUCUCGGCCCUCAACCAUACCUCACCGCCCAACCUCGUCCUUCCAAUCUAGACCUCGCCGUCUCAAUCUCCCGAAUCCCGACCUCAAUGCCCCAACUAGACACGCACCACCACCAAAGAAUCUUUCACUCAAAUCGCUCAGUUGGAGUUUUCGCUUCCGCCGAGAAGAAAGCGGCGACGGUAGAUAUCCAUCAAACAAAUGAAAAGAAGGAGAAGAGGGUAGCUACUAGUGAAGAUAGAUCAUCGGUCGCCAUCGGCGUCCCUGUCUUCUUCAGCUUCGGAGGUAGACGAUAAAUAGAAAGAUUCAAAGGGUUGAAGCGGUCUCGAUCGUCGUCCCCGUUCCGCGUUACAGAUCUGCGUGACUCAAGAUUCUGGCAGCUCUUUCUCUUCCUCCUCUGUCAACCACUCAAGAGUCACCGCUCACAUGCUCUUCUUCCCCUUCCUCGGUCACCAUUGCCCGACAUGUAUAUGGUCAGAGAGAGAGAGAGAUUUGGGGAAGAUGUAAAAGGAACGGGUCCCCGGUUCCACUUUUUUAUUCAAUAAUGUCAGCUCACGAUA